AUUUUGUGGGCCUUAUUCUCUGCGAGCUGAUACGAUCUCGUUCAUCAAAAUCUGCUCUUUUUUCGAGUAGUCCUCUGUGCGCGGUUCUGUGAUUAGAAUUUGAUGGAAUCGGGAAAUCUGGCUUUUCCAGAUUCAUGGGCGCCAUGCUUGUGACAAGAUUUGUCGGGAGGAGAUUUUUGGCGGCAGCCGCUACUGCCUCGAGGUCGGAAUCGACUGCUGCGGCGGCUGCUUCUACCGGUCGGACGGCAAAAAACCCUCUUGAGGAGUUCUUUGAGGUGGAGAGAAGCCAGGAUGAAGACAAGCCCGUUGUCUACGGUCGAAGCUGGAAAGCUUCAGAACUGCGCCUCAAGGCAUGGGAUGAUCUUCAUAAGCUAUGGUAUGUUCUUCUGAAAGAGAAGAACAUGUUGAUGACUCAGCGUCAAAUGCUCCAGGCACAGAACCUGCGGUUUCCAAACCCUGAACGUGUUCCUAAGGUGAGGAAAUCAAUGUGCCGCAUAAAGCAUGUACUGACAGAGAGGGCACUUGCCGAGCCAGAUCCUAGAAGAUCUGCUGAAAUGAGGAGAAUGAUAAAUGCAUUGUGAUAUUCAAUCUUCAGAUGCUUAGGAGUUUGUUUUUUUAACAUUGACUUAAAGAGUAGUUUGUGUUUAUGGCCUUGAGCUGCUUAUUCUGUGACUGUUUCUAAGGUAAGGGAUCAACCACAAGUAAUGGUUUGAGAGCUUUAGGGGAAUAAAAAUUUGAUCUUUCAUGUAA